AUGUUUGGUGUAAAUGAUGACUGUAUUAUCGGUGUAUUACUGGUAGAUUUUCAUCAUGCGAGAGGCCCUGAAAUUGAGUAUAGUUAUGGGCUACCUGAGAACAUAGAGCCCCAAACAUUGUGGCCGUUUCUACCCUUUCAAGCGCUUCCAGAUGGUUCACAUUCCUUUGAAGAAACUUUUACUUACUUUACGCUGCUGUUCGAUGAAAAGGACGGAGCUGGAACGCCAGAAUCUGGUGCCGCCAGUAUUCCUGAAUCCAAGGUUAACAAUUAUAGCACCGUUUUUGCCAUUUCAUGUUCGCGACAAAUCAAAAGCGAGAAACUAAUAAAUAAAAGCAGCGAUGUUACGAGGUCUACAGUUCAGAAAUCAAUUGUGAUUUUAUCCAAGAGUCCUAUCUUCGGUCAAAUUAAGGACAAACUAAGCAUUGUCACUAAUGCGUUCUUUCUUCAGCAUGACUUUUCGAACCGGACAAUCAUAGACACUUUGUACAACAAUUUAAAGUCAAUGUACAAUGGGAAAUCGUCUCUUGAUGAAUCUGAUCUUUAUGUGGGACUUUGUUUGAGGAGGAUAGUCUAUGAUUUCAAAAAAGAUGUCUUGACAAUUUUGAAGGCCAUGCUUUUGGAAAAGAAGAUUUUGAUCUAUGGAAGUGAUGUCGAGGAUCUUUGCAACCUUCAGUUCGGUUUGAUUAGUCUCAUUCCCGAUCUCAUUUUAAAUUUGCAAGAUUGCGGAUCCCCUCAGCUGGAAACAUACCGCCGAAAUUUGACCAUGAUCAACUCUUUUAAGUCCUCUGACAGACAGUCUGUGCUGAAAUUUUUGGGCUUUCCACUUCAGAUUUUCGGGGAAGGAGGCUUUUUUUCGCCUUACACACCGCUCCAGCAAAUGGAUGAUUUACAAGCCUCUGAUGCGAAGUUCUUCGUUGUCGGUACAUCAAAUUCUCUGAUUCUUGGGCAGCGAGAUGUCGUUUGCGACCUUCUAGUAAAUGUCAAUACAAAAACGGUAGAAAUACUUUCAAAGGACAAAACAUUUCAACAAUGCCUCCAUCAAAGCUUUCGAGAUCGUAGGUGGAUGAACACGCUGGUUACCAACGUAACAAACACAUGGAAUGAAAAUGAUCCUUUCACCCCCAAAAAUUCUCAGUACGAGGGAAGUGAAGACUAUAUCAGGCUACAGUUUGAAGAAUACCUGACAGGGCUUCUGUCCAGCGUAAAGUUGGAUAUAUUUCUACAAACUUACAGGGAGAAUGACAUGGCAAUGAAAAGCCUUCCGGAAGGCGCAAAGACUGAAAACCCAAUAAAUGAUUUCAAUUCCACCUGGGUUUCUCAAUGGAAAAGGACUAAAAAUUUUGAAAUGUUUGUAAACUUCACAGACGAUCGCUUGUUUGACUUGUUUGCAACUAAACACGCGUAUGAUCGAGUGGAGCCUCUGAACAAUCUGCAAAAGCGGCUGAAUAAAUCUUUACAGGCUUUCAAAAAAAGAGACACGUGGAGCUCUGGGAGAAGUGUAGCCGAUGAGCAUCCGUCUUGUGAAGUGAGUUCUUUGGUGAUGGCUGAUAACGAUCAAACAAAGCUGAUGAAUUAUGACGAUCAAGGGGCUUGGAAUAGCUGGAAGAGUUAUUUUGCAAAGAAAAAACCAAAAAAUCAUAAUCUGGUGAAAACAACGUCACUAGAGGAAGAUCAACGACCUCUAGUGGAGGAGGAGAUAGGCGAACGUCUUUCCAGUGACGACUCUACCCAAACAUCUCACAAAAGUAACCAAGAAGGUGUGUCAGACAUCGAUGACUUAACCCAAGACAGUCUCGCGAAUCACCCGAAGACAUCGUCUUCAGAUAUUGAAACCGAUAGCCCGGCUAUCAUCAAUCCUUGGGCAGACAGCUAA